AUGGCUAGCAGGGAGCCACUGCCGCCGCCUCCCUCUUCCUCUUUCCCUCCCCUCCCCUACUCCACGGCCCUCGCCCGGUCCUCUGCUUCCUUCGCACCGCAGCCGCCGCCGCCGGUCUUCUCCACUGCGGCCGGCACCUCCGCGCCGCCGCCCCGCUCCUCCGCGCCGCCAGCCUCGUCUGCGCUACAGGCCACCUCCUCCACGGCUGCCGCCGCCACCGCCCAGGCGGCCGCGCGCCACUCGGCAGAGCGCGAUGCGGCCCUCCAAGCCGCCGCUGCUGCCGCCGUCGAGGCUGCUGCCGCCCAGGCUGGUGCUCGGAGCUCCCUGCUCCCAUCCCACGCCAGCGCAGGGUGGAGCACGGCUCCCCUGCGCUCGCUGGACUCGCUACAUAGCCUCUGGACUGGGUCGGGCUGGGCCGCCUUGUGCCUGGGCGCAGAAAGGGGCCCCUUUGGCUCUAUGUACACUGUCGGGCCGUCUUCGUCUCCGCCCUUCAUCGCCGUCGGGGACCCUCCGGCCACCGAUCCGCCGCUGACUGCCACCGCCCCUCUACCGGCCACCUCAGACUCUGCGGGGAACGGGGGUCAGGUCUUCCACGAGCUCCCCGCCGGUGCUGCACUGGCUGCCGCCCUUCGUGCAGCCAAGACUGAGGCCGCGGCAGCUCAGGAGCGUGCCCGCGCGGCUGCUCUUGUGUGGGAGCAGUGA